CCCAAAUACAGUCAACCAUUAAAAAACAAGACGCAAAAAACCGGAUCCUCAACAACAUGUACGGAUCAUUAUUCUUUUCAGUUUCCUUAUGUUAACAAACACUUGAAGAAGUCAAACAGGCCCAGCAAUUCCCACAAGCAACAAAACCCUUCUAUGCAACUAUAACAUAAACAUUACUAUGAACAUCUAAACCUUGAAGAAAUGGCUAUCGGGGGACUGACCUUCAAUAGGGGCAAGCAAACACACACCACUGUUGCUCUGGUUUUGGUUUUGUCCGAGGAAGACUCCAAGCGGCGCGGACAUGCAGGGACUUCAACCUCGGGAGAUGGCUGUUAAAAGACAACGCGAAUGGCGGCUGGGCGACUUCCACGAGACGACGACAGGGGGUUCGCCUGCUGCUGCUCGUCUUCACAAUGAAGGCGCCCUCGAGGAUGGUCGAUUCGGCGAGGGGCAGGAUGGACGACGGGAUGCAGCAGAGAAGAAGUGCCGGAUGUGGGAAGGUCCUCCUUUGUCAAUGCCGUUCCAAUUGGGGGUAGGAGAAGGCUAUUACUUCCUGAAUACCGUUUGAAUAGUGAGGAAGGGGAAAAUUUUUUACUGCUAGGUCAAAGAAGGUGGGAGUGGGUGGGAUGAUUAUGAUGUUAGUAAUUAAGAUGAUUAAAAUUAGGAUUUAGAAGGGCAUGUAUACGGAUAUACUGUGUUAGUAAUCUAAUUAGGCUAAUUUUUAGGGUCUGUUGUUCAUAUUAUUCAACAAGGUCAUUGUCUACCUAGCAUUCCCCAUCAAUAAUAAUUAAGACGUUUUUUUUCAGCAUCAGUGGCACAUGGGAAAAUAACACUGGCAACACUUUUGGGCCACAGUUUUAUUGCAGUGCGUUCCACAUGCGUACCACUAACGGUGGCUUCCACUUGCAAGUUGCAUCUCUUUUCUAUAAACGGGAGUUGUAUAUUCUUCCUCUAUAUAGUGCUUAUUGAAGUGGAAGGAAACAUCAAAAACACAAGAAUGGAUUCAGAAUAUACCAUUAGGUUUCAGAAUUUCUGUUGCUUCAUGAUAGUUAGCUAUAUGCAUUUAAGUACAACUGUAUUCUCGCAAACAAAUCAUGCAUACACAUACACAUGCAAUGGUUCUAUAGCUGAAUGCAACCAAGAAUAUGAGAUGUUGAUGGAAUCGGAAAUAAGCCGACGAUUUCUGGAGGAAAAGAAGUAUAUUUCUUAUGGAGCUCUUGGCAGAGAUAAACCAGCUUGCAACGGUGGUGAACGUGGCGAAGCUUACAGUAAAAAUGAAGGGUGUCUUCCUCCCCCUUCAAACCCUGAAAAUAGAGGUUGCUCAAAAUACUAUCGCUGUAGAUCUGAUUCUUAAGACUGCAAUUUUAUAGAAGGAUCUUAAUAUUGUUGAUGAAGCAUGCAUUCAAAUAAAGUUUCUAAUAGUCUACUUUCAUCAUCAAUUGUUACAUCUAUGCUACUAAUCUCACCUAGUAAAGGUUGUAUGUUUCUCACUUUCAUGUCCUUAUGAAUGAACUUGUUAGGUGUUCUGAUCA